CCGUAGUCCGGGCGGCGGAAGGAGGAGAGGAAGAAAGGGGCGAGCCCUGGUGCCUGGCGGCGGCGCAAGGCUCUCGCUCGAAGUGCGGGCGGCUGUGGCCAGGCGCUGGGCAUUCGGGUGGUCAGUGUCGGCGUCGAGCUCGCUCCCGGGAGCCGCGGCUGAUCCGCUGCUGCUUCUGGACUCUGCCUUGCGCUCGAGUAGCGAAGGAGCCGGGCCGGCUGUGGGGCGGGUGGGGAGGGAGGAGGCGGUGAAGGCGGCGGCGGGCCGGGGAGGGGGGAAGAUGCCGCUGGCGCAGCUGGCGGACCCGUGGCAGAAGAUGGCUGUGGAGAGCCCUUCCGACAGCGCUGAGAAUGGACAGCAAAUUAUGGAUGAACCUAUGGGAGAGGAGGAGAUUAAUCCACAAACUGAAGAAGGCAGUAUCAAGGAAAUUGCAAUCACACAUCAUGUGAAGGAAGGACAUGAAAAGGCAGAUCCUUCCCAGUUUGAGCUUUUAAAAGUAUUAGGGCAGGGGUCUUUUGGAAAGGUUUUCUUAGUUAAAAAAAUCUCAGGCUCUGAUGCUAGACAACUUUAUGCCAUGAAGGUAUUAAAGAAGGCCACACUGAAAGUUCGAGACCGUGUUCGGACAAAAAUGGAACGUGAUAUCUUGGUAGAAGUCAAUCAUCCUUUCAUUGUCAAAUUGCAUUAUGCUUUUCAAACUGAAGGGAAGUUGUAUCUUAUUUUGGAUUUUCUCAGGGGAGGAGAUUUGUUUACACGCUUAUCCAAAGAGGUGAUGUUCACAGAGGAAGAUGUCAAAUUCUACUUGGCUGAACUUGCACUUGCUUUAGACCAUCUGCAUAGCCUGGGAAUAAUCUAUAGAGACUUAAAACCAGAAAACAUACUUCUUGAUGAAGAAGGUCACAUCAAGUUAACUGAUUUUGGCUUAAGUAAGGAAUCUAUUGACCACGAGAAGAAGGCGUAUUCCUUUUGUGGCACUGUGGAAUACAUGGCUCCAGAAGUAGUUAAUCGUAGAGGUCAUACUCAAAGUGCUGACUGGUGGUCUUUUGGUGUGUUGAUGUUUGAAAUGCUCACUGGUACACUACCUUUCCAAGGAAAAGAUCGUAAAGAAACAAUGACUAUGAUUCUUAAAGCCAAACUCGGGAUGCCACAGUUUCUGAGUCCUGAAGCCCAGAGUCUUUUACGAAUGCUUUUCAAACGGAAUCCUGCAAACAGAUUAGGUGCUGGACCAGAUGGAGUUGAAGAAAUUAAAAGACAUUCAUUUUUCUCAACAAUAGACUGGAAUAAACUAUAUAGAAGAGAGAUUCACCCGCCUUUUAAGCCUGCAACGGGCAGACCUGAAGAUACAUUUUAUUUUGAUCCUGAGUUUACUGCAAAAACUCCCAAAGAUUCACCUGGCAUUCCACCUAGUGCUAAUGCACAUCAGCUUUUUCGGGGGUUUAGUUUUGUUGCUAUUACCUCAGAUGACGAAAGCCAAGCUAUGCAGACAGUUGGUGUGCAUUCAAUUGUUCAGCAAUUACACAGGAACAGUAUUCAGUUUACUGAUGGAUAUGAAGUAAAAGAGGAUAUUGGUGUUGGCUCAUACUCCGUUUGUAAGAGAUGUAUACAUAAAGCCACAAACAUGGAGUUUGCCGUGAAGAUUAUUGAUAAAAGCAAGAGAGACCCAACAGAAGAAAUUGAAAUUCUUCUUCGUUACGGACAGCAUCCAAACAUCAUUACCCUAAAAGAUGUGUAUGAUGAUGGAAAAUACGUAUAUGUAGUAACGGAACUUAUGAAAGGAGGUGAAUUGCUGGAUAAAAUUCUUAGACAGAAGUUUUUCUCAGAGCGAGAGGCCAGUGCUGUCCUGUUUACUAUAACCAAAACUGUUGAGUAUCUUCACACACAAGGGGUUGUUCACAGAGACUUGAAACCUAGCAACAUUCUUUAUGUGGAUGAGUCUGGUAAUCCAGAAUCUAUUCGAAUUUGUGACUUUGGCUUUGCAAAACAACUGAGAGCAGAAAAUGGUCUUCUUAUGACUCCUUGCUAUACUGCAAACUUUGUUGCACCAGAGGUUUUAAAACGACAAGGUUAUGAUGCUGCCUGUGAUAUAUGGAGUCUUGGUGUCCUCCUUUAUACAAUGCUUACUGGUUACACUCCAUUUGCAAAUGGUCCUGAUGAUACUCCAGAGGAAAUACUGGCACGAAUAGGUAGUGGAAAAUUCUCACUCAGUGGUGGUUACUGGAAUUCUGUUUCAGACACAGCAAAGGACCUGGUGUCAAAGAUGCUUCAUGUAGAUCCUCAUCAGAGACUGACUGCUGCUCUUGUGCUCAGACAUCCUUGGAUUGUCCACUGGGACCAACUGCCACAAUACCAACUAAACAGACAGGAUGCGCCGCAUCUCGUAAAGGGCGCCAUGGCAGCUACAUACUCUGCUUUAAACCGCAACCAGUCUCCAGUUUUGGAACCGGUAGGCCGUUCUACUCUUGCUCAGCGGAGAGGUAUUAAAAAAAUCACCUCAACAGCCCUGUGAAGUGACCUCAGUGAGAUGUUUGGUACCAUGAUGUAAGCUGAUAGCACAAGUUCUGGCGACAGGUAGCACAUACCUGAGAGACACCUGCAAGCACACACUGUCCCAGCUGGUACCCAUACGCUGCUGCUCCUGCUGCUCCUGCUUCGUCUCUUCUCGCUUUAAGUGAUUGUUAGCAAGUUAGAUUUUCCUGGAGCUCCGAAAUGAAAAUGGAAACAUGAUGAAGAUCUAUUCACUGAAUCAACAAAAAUAACGAACACAUGAAUACCACCUAAAAUACACUGAAUAAAAGUACUCUACACCAUAUAGCAUUAUUUUUAUAGGAAAUAUUUCAUGUCCCCUAAAUAUUCUUUGUUAGUUACAGGGAUGGACAGUUUAUGUUAAGCACUUAGCUUAAACAAUUCAUUUAUAUUAGCACUGUAUCCCUUGUGCCAUCCAACAUUUUGUAUGUUUUUGUAAACAGUUCAUAUACAGUACAUUUCUGUACUGCUUUCUUUAAUGUAUACAUGCCUUGUUUAACUUGGAGUCUACUAAUCAAUUGACUAUUAAAUCUGGAUAAAUAGUUCACCUGGAUUAACAGUAUUGUUGGAAAACUUUAAAGAUGGCCAGAUUGAUUGAACAGCUAUUGAAUGUAAUUCUUUCAAAUUGUACAUAUUGCCCCAUUUGUUUCACAGGUUGGUUCAUUUGUUCUUCAAGCCAGGUGCUCUGUCAGACUAACUAGAGAGCUGUUAACAGGAGAGAAGUUGGCGUGUGUGUGUGUGUGUGUGUGUGUGUGUGUGUGUGUGUGUGUGUGUGUGUGUGUGUGUGUGUCAUGAAAUCAGGAAUACACCUAUGAAGUCAGUCCACAGACUUUGUGAUUUCUUAAGGUUUCUUUCCCUUAAUUAAAAAAGUAGUCCUCGCACUUUUAAUCUUACAUAGCCCUCAUACUUAAUAUUUUGGCAGUAUACAUCAAAGACCUUUAAAAGAACCAGAAUAAAUUAGAAAAGGAAUUUUAGCAAGUGGUAAUUAAAGCCUUACUGGAUAUUUCAUGUUUAAAUAGAUAUUCUAUAUUAAACACUAAUUUGGAUAUAAUAAAGGCCACAGGCCUCCAUAUAAAAUUGGAUUUAAACUUUCUUAUUCUAGGGAAUAAAAUAUUCUUCAUCAAACAAUAUCUGUUCUAAACUGGAGUCAUAGCUGCUGCAGGCUGAAUGUCUGAUUCGCACUGACUGUUUUCCGUAAUCCCUUCUGAAGGUUUAUAGCCAUGUGAUGUUUCUUUUGACUUCAGUAGUCGCCAGAUUUCGCAAUGGCCUCCAGCUGCACUUCGGUGCAGUAUUCACAUCUAACUUGGUAGUUUCUGGUUUCAUUUAACAACAAUAAAAAACCCUUCUCUAUCCAUCAUUACCCAUAUCUUCGUCACACUACCCAGUGUACAUUUUGUGAUGUGCUAAACAUGAGCAAAGAAAAGGUGAUUUAGCUUCCCUCAUCAGGCAUGUGCCCCAAUACGUGUGAGUCCCUUCCUGCUUUUUGCAGUGCAUAAAACACCUAUCAUUCCUUAUUUUCUCUGCUACUAAAGAGAAAGAGAAAAUCUCUUAGUACCCCCUUUCCCCAAGCAACACACAAUGAUUGCAUAGAAAUGAAGUGUACGCUUAUCUCCUAACUGAAAGGCAUUCUACAUACCAGCGAUUGAAGGGCUUGAGUAUGUGGAUGCCUUCAUCGCCUAGCAAGAAAGCCUUUCCCUCCUCUAGGCAAUGUGUCCGAUUCCUCCACCUAUCCCAUCUCCUAUUCAAGUUUUCUUCAGAACACCACGCUGCCUUUCUGUCAUAUCGUCGCCCAACCAGGAGCUAAAGUCAAAAACCAUCUAUUUCCUCAUAGCAGUCCUCUACUAUCUGCCAAGUGUAUUUCCUUUAAGAAGAAUUGCCUUCUUUAUCUAGUCAAACUGCCAGUUUUAUUGGAGAAAAGCAAUAGAUUCAUAAAACUGAAGGCUUCCUACUGACAAAGCAAGUUAGGAGCAUAAAUGACUGCAUCUGUGGCUUUAGUGUUCACAUUGUGUCUGGGCAGAUGCAGAUGACAAUGUAGUGCUUGUGCUGGGUUAGCCUUUCCAGUCCCUUCACAAAGUCCAUUUCUCACAGGCCACUCUACUUAACGCUAACAACACUCCUGAAGUCUUCCGCCUUUCACCCAUCCCUGCUAGUUUCUAGGACUUAUCCCAGAGUUGUUGGCCAACUUUUAUGUUUCACUGAAAGAAGGAACUAAACUGACAGGCCUCUUUACAGAUAAUCUCUUGGUUUACAAUGCAAAAUAAUAUCCCAGAUAAUAGAAAUGCAUUUUAACAUAGUCAAGCACAUACUGGAAACUAUGAGUUACAAUUCUGUGUGUUUUGCAUCUUCCCUUUCAAGUGAUGAUAUUAAAUUAAGGUAAGUUAUUUUUUACUUUUUAUGAAUCAUUUCAGCUCCUUCUGUUUAAAAGGAUAUCUCCUUAAGUGCAUUACUCCCUUAAAUUUAACAGAUGUGAAGUAAAUCUUUUUUCACAAGCCACCCCACAAGUCUAAAAAUAAUUUUAGCAAGACCCAAAGUCAAGAUACUGUGAGGCUGGCAUAUGGAAGAGUCAGUUCUGAGUGUCUGGAGGGAGGAUGCUGGGCAUGUGCAGUAGUUUCCACAUUUUGGAUGUGGCUUUGUUGGGAUCAGAAGACAUGAAGAGAAGUGGGGGUUGUCCUCUAAGCUGUGCACAUACCCUCAGCCUAGGAAGGAUUUGAACAGAGAGUAGGUGCAGAAACUUCAAAAGAAGGCAUGUAUUGGAUAGGGAAAGGGCCAGGGCAGGCUAAUCCUGGCAUGAUAGGUGCAAAAGGCUUUCUAGACUUUGGGCCUUUGGUAUAAGAUGUCCUUAAUUACUGUGGGGGCCAGUAACGCACAUUUCAACAUGACCUUGAUAGUCUCCAUUCCCUGGCUUUAUGGAUUACCUACACUAUUUCAGGUUGUUUUGCUGUAUUUUAUAAAAAUAAGUUCUCUCUUACUAUGGUGUUGAAAAUGUGAGACUUGGGAAAGUAUUCACACAGAGAGCUCUGGAGUGCAAAGGAUCAAAAACAGCUCUCUUUUCUGUGACUCACAAAAACAACGGAUCUCAUGGCUGAUCUUGGUGCUUAAAGCAGGAAGGUCCAGUCUAACUCUCUAUCUGUUCCUCUGCAAGAUCCAACUCCUGUGACUAACCUGGAUGUAUACUUUGAGCCUUAUUUAAUUCACAGAGAAGUUGACUUAAUUCAGUGUUUUUAUUUCAAUUAAUGAAAACAGUCCUCUUUCAACCCCAGGUUACUUACAUUUUGCUGAUCUCCCCCAAGAGAUCAUUGGUGGAGACCAAUUAAUGAAGGAGUGAAUUCAGUUUCUUGAGACAGUGGUAUUCUACAGAGCCACACCUAACCACUUUUUCCAGUGAAGAAUCUACACAAUAAUACCCAAAUAUGGGUGGCCAAGAAGAAUCUUUAUCUACAGUGUGCUUUGUGUGUUUUUGACACUGCUGUAUUUUGUGUUGCCAAGUGACUUGUAACUGGUUCCAAAGUGACAGUUCUUUAAAAAUUCUAGUAAUUAAGUCAACUUAAAUUUUUGUAAAACCUGGUGUCACUAUAGGUCUCACAAGUACCACUUUUAUUCCAGUCUUUAACUGUUCCUAGUGGGCAUAGCAAGGGUUGGAGUGAGAGCCUACUUCCUACCUCUUAAGGCACUUUCCUCAUUGUUUUGCCAUAUAACCUUGAACUGCAGGAUAAGCUGUUGAAAUAUCCAUGACUUUUCCCAGAGCAACUAGCAAGGUAUAUGACAUUUUGGAUAGAGAUUAGUGGAAAGGAAAAUUUAGAGGUUUAAGUCCAGAUGUAUGAACCUCAAAAAAUGUCUUCUAAAUAUAUACCAUUUAAGUACAUUAUAUGGAAAUGUAUUUGAGCAGAGAGUCACUAUAAUAGUUCUCUCUAAGUAGAUUAGUUCAAUGUCCAAUGAAAGUGAACAUCUUUAUUCCUAUAUUACUAUAGUACUGGAUGAACUGUAUACUGAGUUUUUCAAACAAGUAUUUAAAGUAGAACUUUUAAGUACAGAGCAAGGGCAUGAGGAUAAAGACUUUGGGUUGUGUUUCUGUAAGUGUAGUUUACCAUAUAAAACUUUGUUUCUUAAUUUUAAAAAAGGUUUCAAAGUAAUGCCAUUCAUUAGCAUCCUUAAUGAUUAUGAGUGAUGAGUGUGUAACUCGAAAUCAUAUACAUGUAUUAGUUUAUCUUAACUUUUUGCCCUAAAUAAAAGGGAAGGUGUACACCUAAAAGAUGUAAUUAUUUUGCAGUUUUUGGCCAUGGGUGGGAAUGGGGUGGGUAUCUACUUGAGCUGUUUUUAAAAAAGAAAAAAAUCAGAAAUAUUUUUCUACUAUUAUAUAUGAUCUUCCUUUAUACUAGUUUAUCUCUAGUAAGGCAUGCCAGAAGCCCAAGCAAGGUACCAUAUUGAGGGUUCUUACUGCUGUACCUUUCAUCGGUGGGUAAAUCACAUCAGAUACUGGGCAUUGUGGCCAUAGUUAGGAAGUGCUUGUGAGGAUCAGAUUUCACUGAAUACUAAUUUGUUUUACUUAAGAGUCUAAUCUUGGAAGUUUGCAAAUCAUACUAUUAAUGUGUAAUCUAAGCUCUUUCCAAUGUAUCCAUGAAUAAUCCUGGAACAAUAUUGCUUGUAUUCCUGUCAAAGAACAGGUUUUGUAAUCUUUAAAAGAAAUGGAAAUUUAUAUAAUAAAGUUUCAAGUAAAGCAUGUA